CUGGGUGGCGAGCGAGCCAGGCAAAGCCCGGCUUCCCUGGCGCUCCCCGCGGCGGCGGGGGCGGAGGAGACACCUCGGCUCCCACAGCUGGCGCGGACCGCGCGCUCGCCCGGGCGCGGCGACCUCAGCGCCCCCCGAAUGAACACCUCCCGCCCGCGGGCCGCCCCGCGAGGCGGGCCGUGUCGCGGCCCCUGUACCCGGAGGGGGACGCCGAGGCCCGGAGUAAGGCCCGUCUUGGCCUGCGCGCGGAGCCAGGCGGCAGGGCCCGCGGGCCAGCGGGCGGCGCGGGGACGGCUGCGCUCCCGCCCUCCGCCAGCGCCUGGCGGCCGCCCCACGUGACGGGAAGCGGCGGCUGCGGGGCCAGGCCAGCCCAGGAGCCGCGGGCCGGAGCGGGGCGGCGGGGCCCCAGGCCGCGGGGCGGCGCGGGGCGGCGGGCGCUGGCGCCGAUCAGCCAGUAGACAUGAUGAACAUCAAAGCCUUUACGCUUGUCUCUGCCGUGGAGUGGGAGCUGCUGAUGGGUGACAAGGAGCGUGUCAACAUUGAGUGCGUGGAGUGCUGCGGCAGGGAUCUCUACGUGGGCACCAACGACUGCUUCGUCUACCACUUCCUGUUGGAGGAGAGGCCCGUGCCUGCCGGGCCGGCCACGUUCACGGCCACGAAACAGCUGCACAGGCACCUGGGCUUCAAAAAGCCUGUGAGCGAGCUGCGCGCGGCCUCAGCACUCAACAGGCUGCUGGUGCUGUGUGACAACUCCAUCAGCCUGGUCCACAUGCUGAACCUCGAGCCAGUGCCCUCGGGAGCCCGCAUCAAGGGGGCGGUCACGUUUGCACUCAAUGAGAACCCUGUGACUGGGGACCCGUUCUGUGUGGAAGUUUGCAUCAUCUCUGUCAAACGCAGAACCAUCCAGAUGUUUCUGGUGUACGAGGACCGGGUGCAGAUCGUCAAGGAGGUGUCAACCUCUGAGCAGCCCCUCGCCGUAGCUGUGGACGGCCACUUCCUGUGUCUGGCUCUGACCACUCAGUACAUCAUCCACAACUACAGCACAGGUGUCUCCCAGGACCUGUUUCCUUACUGCAGCGAGGAGAGGCCACCAAUUGUCAAGAGGAUAGGGAGACAGGAGUUCCUGCUGGCAGGCCCCGGAGGGCUGGGCAUGUUUGCCACAGUUGCAGGGAUAUCCCAGCGGGCUCCUGUGCACUGGUCAGAGAACGUGAUUGGGGCAGCCGUGUCCUUUCCAUACGUCAUAGCGCUGGAUAAUGAAUUCAUCACGGUCCACAGCAUGUUGGAUCAGCAGCAGAAGCAGACCCUGCCCUUUAAGGAGGGCCACAUCCUACAGGACUUUGAAGGAAGAGUGAUCGUUGCCACAAGUAAAGGAGUUUACAUCCUGGUUCCAUUACCUUUGGAAAAACAAAUACAGGAUCUUCUAGCAAGCCGCAGAGUAGAAGAGGCUUUGGUUUUAGCAAAAGGAGCCCGGAGGAACAUUCCAAAGGAAAAAUUUCAGGUAAUGUACAGAAGGAUUCUGCAGCAGGCGGGAUUUAUACAGUUUGCACAGCUUCAGUUCCUGGAAGCUAAAGAGCUCUUCAGAAGCGGCCAGCUUGAUGUCCGGGAGCUGAUCUCUCUCUACCCCUUCCUGUUGCCCACCUCCUCCUCCUUCACCCGGUCCCACCCUCCUCUUCAUGAGUACGCAGACCUGAACCAGCUGACCCAGGGGGAUCAGGAGAAGAUGGCCAAGUGCAAACGCUUCCUCAUGAGCUACCUGAACGAGGUCCGCAGCACAGAGGUAGCAAACGGCUACAAGGAGGACAUCGACACAGCCUUGCUCAAACUGUACGCGGAGGCCGACCACGACAGCCUGCUGGACCUCCUUGUCACCGAGAACUUUUGUCUUCUGACGGACAGUGCCGCCUGGCUAGAGAAGCACAAAAAGUAUUUUGCACUUGGACUGCUCUAUCGUUAUAAUAACCAAGACGCUGCUGCGGUUCAGUUGUGGGUGAACAUUGUGAAUGGCGAUGUCCAGGACUCCACACGCUCAGACCUGUAUGAAUACAUCGUGGAUUUUCUUACCUACUGCUUAGACAAGGAGCUAGUGUGGGCCUAUGCUGAUUGGGUCCUGCAGAAAAGUGAAGAGGUCGGAGUUCAGGUUUUCACCAAGAGACCUUUGGAUGAACAACAGAAGAAUAGUUUUAAUCCAGACGAUGUUAUCAAAUGCCUUAAAAAAUACCCUAAAGCCCUUGUGAAGUAUCUGGAACAUCUCGUGAUAGACAAGAGACUGCAGAAAGAAGAGUAUCACACCAACUUAGCUGUGCUCUACCUGGAAGAGGUGCUGCAGCAGAGGGCCUCUGCCAGCGGCGAGGGUGCAGAGGCCACUGAGACGCAGGCCAAGCUGCGGCGUCUGCUCCAGAAGUCCGAUUUAUACCGAGUCCACUUUCUCAUCGAGAGGCUGCAGGGAGCUGGCCUGCCCAUGGAGAGCGCCAUCCUGCACGGGAAGCUGGGUGAGCAUGAGAAGGCGCUGCAUAUCCUGGUGCAUGAGCUGCGGGACUUUGCAGCGGCCGAGAACUACUGCCUGUGGUGCUCCGAGGGCCGGGACCCGCCCCACCGCCAGCGCCUCUUCCACACGCUGCUGGCCAUCUACCUGCGGGCCGGCCCCGCCGCCAAUGAGCUGGCAGUGGCCGCCAUGGACCUGCUAAACCACCACGCCACCGAAUUCGACGCAGCCCAGGUGCUGCAGAUGCUGCCCGACACCUGGUCAGUGCAGCUCCUCUGCCCAUUCCUGACAGGGGCCGUGCGGGGCAGCGUCCACGCCAGGAGGACCAUGCAGGUGGCUCUCGGCCUGGCCAAGUCAGAAAACUUAAUUUACACCUAUGAUAAGAUGAAGUUGAAAGGAAGCUCAAUUCGGCUCUCAGACAAAAAGCUUUGUCAGAUAUGCCAGAAUCCCUUCUGUGAGCCUGUGUUUGUUAGAUACCCAAAUGGUGGUCUUGUGCACACCCACUGUGCUGCCAGCAGACGCACGAACCCCAGCUCAUCCAGCCCUGGCACUCGGACUUGAAAAGCUUGGCCCGAGGGCACGAGGGAAACUCCGAGUUCUUUCUGAGCCUGCUGGACGUGAAGAGCAGACGAUCAUCAUGCUCUAUGUCAGCCAGGACGAAGGGAGACAUCUGGGUGCCAGGGAGCCUUCCGUCCACACACAACAAGGACUCCUCACUGCUGACCAGGCUCUAUGAAUGUUCAUGGAAAACCUUUAAAAAUCCCCAAAAUAGAGACAUGCAAGAGUUCACCUCUCCAGGCACUUAUUAAUCCAAGACAAAGGUGUACGUUGAAAAAAAAGGGAGUCUUCCUCGUGCAGUCAGACUCAGGUUGGGGAUUCCAACACCACCCCCACACUCCGACCUUUAGACUCAUGUUUGCACUGGAAACGUGGCUUCGGCAUGGCUGAAGAGGAAGCCCUCUCUUGCCUGGGUGAGUGGCUAGUGCGCAGAGCCUCAUGGGGGGCGGCCUUGCCCUUACUGCAGAGACACUUUGUCCAUCCACGCCGCUCACUCGUGAGCCCAUUUUCCCAGGGUUACCUCGUGGGCUCUGCCUUUGCCCUAAGAAACAGCUGACCCUGGAAAAGUACCUUUGUUCCUUCUUACUUCCUCUCCAGCUCUCAUCUCCCAAAAGAUUCUGCCUUGUGUACCCAAGCACUCACUCUUGGGUGAACUCAUGCUUCUGGCUGCCUAGCAAGUGAAGAUCUGUUGAGAAACUGAGAAAGCUCCAAGAGAGAAGCUGCCCUCCCUGCCUUGAAGAAGCCGUGGACAUGGGACAGCCACGGCGGGCACGGGACAGCCAUGGCAGGCAAGGGCCCAGCUAUGUGCUCCUUUCCUGCCACAGCAACUGCUGAUUUGAAACUCCAUGAUGAACAUGUUGAACUUAACAUUUUUAUUUAAAUUUGUAUCAUGUUCGUAGUUGCUCUCUUGUUGAGGGAGUCAUCUGUCCUGUUUGUUAGGGAUACUUUUUCUUGUUAAAAUGUACCUCCUGUUGAAUACUCGGGAAAUUAAAAGGGAAGCGUGGUCGGCACACACUGAGCAUUCUUUUCUGGAGAGGCCGGUUUUAGCCUCACACCUUUAGCAGGACCAGCAGCAGGUGGAAGUGCCUGUGUGUGUGCUGGACGGGGGCAUCGCCUCCUGCAUGGCACACCCUCCCGAGGACGUCCAGACGGGCUGUGUUACCUCCCAGCACUUUAUGUGCCUGCUCUGAGGUGUCCUGAACACACAGCAAAGGCCUCUCAUUCAUCAUAGGCCGGGGAUUCCUUUUGUGUUUCUGUAUAACAUCGAUGACGAGCUGAAGUUGUUGUCACUUCACUGCCCUCUUCAGAAUUUCUUCAUUGUGAUGACUGAUUUUAUUCUAUUAGGGACUAACAAUAAAGACAGUCUACCCACUACGAUAACGCUUGGGAAACAAGCGUCAGCUUGUACGUAUGACAAGAGAGGACCCUGAAUGCACCCUGUCUUCAUCAGCCCAAGCUUUACUGAGGUGGGAUGAAGAGCUCAUUCUCUGUUCUUUAAAACAUGUUUCCUGUACUAAUAUUGGUCCAUGUAUUUUUUUUGUCCUUUUGGGAUUCUAAGUGGGCCAAAAAGUAAAAACAUCCAUGUGUUGUCUGGGGGGAAUUGGCACCAUUUUUUCCCAACUAUGUUUCAAUUAACUAAAGAAUAAAUAAUGAAGAAAUUCUCCUUGUAGC